AUUUUAAUUUCAUUACAUUUUCCUUUCCGUCUUAUUGCUUCUAUCUCCCUAACGAACCUUCUCUUCACUUUCUUACUGCAAAAUCCCCUGUUUCGAUUUUGCCUAAGAAUUUCAUGAUCUCUUCUUUGUAUGUGGAAUUACGUUUCUUCUUUCUAUGAAACCCAUCGGCGAUUCUCUGUUUCCAAGUAACGAUAGCGAUGAGACGACGUACGGAUACUGAUGAUUUCAGGCCUGUUAACAAUACUUUUCAAACAAUUACUGCCGCCGCUGAUGCGAUCGCAACCAUCGAUCAUCGUUUCCCUAGGGCUACUGCCGUCCAGAAAAGAAGAUGGGGCAGUUGUUUGAGUAUUUAUUGGUGCUUUGGAUCUCUCAAACAGAGGAAAAGAAUUGGGCAUGCUGUAUUGGUACCAGAACCAAGUCCUUCAUCUGAGCCUCAUGAAAAUACAUUACAAUCACCAGAUAUUGUGCUUCCUUUUGCUGCACCUCCUUCUUCCCCUGUUUCCUUACUUCAAUCUGAACCACCUUCUGCUAUACAGUCGCCUACUGCUUUAAUCUCUUUCACUUCUCUUACCGCUAACAUGUAUUCUCCUGAUGGGCCUUCCUCCAUUUUUGCCAUUGGCCCAUUUGCUCAUGAACCACAAUUAGUGUCUCCACCUCUGAAUUUCUCUACUCUUACUACUGAACCAUCAACUCCUCCCUUCACUCCUCCCGAAUCUAUCCACUUGACUACACCUUCUUCCCCUGAAGUUCCUUUUGCUCAGUUUGUUCCGCCUAGUCUUCAGAAAGUUGAGUCUGAUAAUCAAUAUACAUUUCCUAAUGAUGAUUUUCAAUCUUACCAAUUCUAUCCAGGUAGUCCGGUUAGUCACCUCAUAUCACCACGGUCGGUUAUUUCUCGUUCUGGGGCUUCGUCGCCUUUGCCUGACUAUGAUUUUGCUUCCUUUGGUUCUCAAUUUUUGAAUUUCCCAUUAGAAGUUCCACCUACUUUGUCGAACCUUGACAAACAUUCCAUUCAUAAUUGGCGACAACGUCAAAGUACUGAUUCUUGUACUCAAGAUUCUAUAGAAUUCAAAUCAAGUAAUGACUUUGUUUUGAAUCCCCAUACUUCAGAAUCUAUGUGUGAUCACCACGCAACAAAUGAAUCUCAAAAUAUCCAAAUUCUCAUCGAUGAUGGAAGCAAAAGGGAGGAAGAGCCAGGUGCUACUAAUCAUAGAUUCUCAUUUGAGUUAUCUGAUGGAGAUGUUUUAUCACAAAGCGUAGGAAGUAAGCCAUUGGAAUCAAACGAACUUCCAGUUGAAUCAUCGCCAAUACAUGAACCAUUUGAAACGACUAAAGAAAAUUCUCCUCAUGGUGACCAUACUUCAAAUGUUAUAGAAGAAAAGACAAAAGCAGACGGUGAUGAAGCACAUCAGCAUCAAGAACAUCAUUCCGUUGCUCUUGGGUCUGUGAAGGAAUUCAAUUUUGAUAAUCGUAAUGGAAGUGAUACACAUAACCCAGAUUGGUGGACUAAUGCAAAGGAUGGUAGCACAGAAGGCACAACCACCGGGGCCUGGUCAUUCUUUCCAACGACGCAACAAAGAUGAGAAAACUGGGACAGUUGCAAAUUGAUAGGUAAGACAAACAGCAAGAGGAAUGGUUAGUUUUGAAGGUUUUAAAGAUGUCAAAUUAUGAAAGAGCCUGACCAGAAGCCUUUUUUUUCUUUCAACAAUAUGGCCUAAAACAGACGAAGUCAGAUAUUAUUAGAUAGAACGAUAGAGAGAUUGUAGAUUCAAUUGGACCUUAUUAACAAACACUUGUGCCUUGUGACUCGUCACUUGAAUUGUAAUAGAUAUCAAUAGUCUGAUAGAGAUUGAAAGCAUGUAAAUAUGGUAAUAAGAAGUUUUUUUUAAUCUUCAUGA